AUGAUGUUCAGAGACAACCAAAAUUGGAACUCGGUAAAUGAAAAAAAUAUCAGCGAAUGUUUGCAUAUAAUAGAUCAAUAUGGUUUUGAACAUUUACAACUACCUAGCGAUGUUCAAGAUUUCAUACUAGAUCUUGCAUCUAACCAUAAAUGUGACCCGAAGGUUUUAUUUUAUGCAAUAUUGUCUGGUAUUGGUCAUUUCUCAGAAGCAAUUAAUGUUUAUAACAUUGAGACGAAACAAGUAAAACCUAUUACUGUAUAUGAAGUAUUAAUCGCGCCAUCAGGAGUUGAAAAAUCAAAGUAUAUUAACAUCAUUUCCAACUCAUGUACAAAGCUUGAAGUAUAUUUAUAUGAGAAUUAUUAUAAACAGCAAAGAUGCUUUUCAUCGUCUGAUGUACUCGAAGCAGCUGAAGAAGGUGAUGAAAAGAAAAAAAAUAAUAUAAAAAAUUUUGAAUAUUGGAUCAACGAGUUUGGCUCAAUAAAACAGGUGUAUACAACAGCGUCACUCUUACAAAUGAUGAGUAACAAAAGUCUAUAUUUUCUUGCGAACGAGGGUGAUGCCAUUUUACAAGAGAGUAGCUUUUACAAUCCAGCUGAUGUCACGGCGGACGUAAAACAAGGCACAUUGAUUGAUUGUUGGGAUGGAAACAAAAUUGUAAAAAGCACCGUAUCACACGGAAGCAAAGAAAUUAAAAAUCGGACAGUAUCGAUGUGUGUUGCUAGCACUGGACGCCGUUGGCCCGAUUUACUCCGUGAACUGUCGAAAGUUCAAAUUGCGGGUGGCCUACACGAAAGAUGUACAUAUUUCUGUUUCGAUGUAACUGGUGACAUCGAUCUAAAUCAACUAACACCAAUAACUGAAAAGCAAUUUUAUUCAAGUCUAUACGAUAAUUUAUUGUCUUCGGUGGUGGUAAAUAAUCAAGUAAAAUUUUCAUUGGUUCAAAUUUUCUUCAUUGUGAAACUAUUUGGCUAUCGAAUAUUUAUAUGGUCGAAGGAAUCGUUUGCAUUUUUACAACCUAGGUUAAAUGAAUUAAAAUUGAAUAAACCCUGCCAGUUAAUUCAUGAGACAACAGUCUUUCGAACAAAGCAACAAAUGGCAAUCAGAAGACGAAGCGCCGAACAUGUCGUUCGCUAUGGUUGUUUGAAUCAAAUGCUUACCAACGGACUAAAGAUUUUAAAAUCAAUGGAUGAAAAUAUAAUCAAAUGUUGUGGUGGAAGUAUUAAUGAGUUAUUCGAAAUCGAAGCAAGAAAACAAAUAAACAAAUUAUUUGGUGUAGCUUUAGAACGUGAAAAAGCAUUUCAUGAAAAUUAUGUUCCAAUACAACCAUUAGAAGUCGAUAUUGAAGCAACAGAAUCUGCAGUUGCUCUAGUAUUUUCAUUUCUAUUGCCACAAUCGGUAUUACUAUUUAACUAUGAAAACUACUGUGAAACAAAGUCAAGUGAAGAACUUGUAAUUGAUAGUGUAAAUAUGAAGAUGUCAAAACAAGAAAAAGUCGUUUUUCGAAUAGAAAAGCUUAUUAUGGAGUUAAAUUACAAAUUUUUUUUCAAAUCAAGCAUAACUGAUCGGUAUUUUCGAGAUAAACGUUUAUUAGUGGAUCAUGUGUUGAACGAUCUCGUUGGCCGUAAAUUUUUAUAUGAAGGACAUGAUGAUACAUCGUUUUUUGACACUGGGCGUGCUUCAUCAAUCAAAACAUACUUGAAAUAUUUACCCAACGAUAGUGAUGAAAAAAAUUUCAGACAAAGUCUUAAAAACGUUUACAAUAUAGAAUAUGAUGACUAUAAAAAAAUUUUUGAAGAUGCGACAUUAUUACCACCCAAUUGUCAUUUAACAUCUUAUGGUCUUCAAUUUAUUCGUCAACCACAAUAUCAAUCAAUGAUUAAAAAAGCUGAUACGAAUGUUUCGAAUACAUCACCAGAUGGAAGUAACACAACUGACGAAAAUACACCAACAAAUUUUACAGAACUAUCAGAAGGUCAGCGCGAAAAUAAUGGUGAUCAACGUGAACAAUCAACAAAUGAUUUCAAUCACAUUAAUCAAAACCCUGCAAUAAUUACUAGAAAUAAUUCCAGUCAACAUAAAAUAACAGUAGAUUAUAGUUUAGAAAAUAUUAAAGAUUCUGAUUAUGAUCAAAAUAUAUCACCAACAGCAAAUAAUUAUGAAGAAACACCAAUCGUUUUCAAUGAUUCAUCUAAUAACUUGUCGCCAGUAGAUAACGAUGAUACAGAGAAGUCACAGGAGAAGCAGAUGUCACGAGAUACAGAAUCAAUCGAUAAACGAAAGUUACGAACUAUGGAUUCAUCUUCAAAAAAUAACAACAACGAAACAAAAACGAAAGCAGCGAUAAAAAAAACGAUCAAAGACAAUGAAAUUCUUAAAAAAAUUUUACUUAUUCCAUCAAUUUUAAUAGCCAAAGGAUUAAUUGCAUUACAUAUUAAAUCACGAGCAUCUGAAAUAAACAAUGGAAUAAAUUAUCUGGUUGAAAAAGAAUUGUUGAAAGUUGGUAAAUAUUUAAUAUGUGGCAACCGUCAUAUUGAAACUUUUUUGAAAUAUGUUCCGGAGAAUAUUGAAGAUCGAACAUGUAAGUAUUUAUUACAACGGCGUUUAUUAGAAGUUGAUGUCAACGUUAAUGAGUAUAUUGAAUCAUUAAAAUCAAUAAAGAUUAUAUCAACAUCGCAUCGAUCAUCAAGUCUAUUAAUGAUGACAUUACAAGAAGCAUCUUACGAUCAAUUGAAUAUUAGUCUUGUAAUGAAACGUAAAGGUAGAUGUAAAGAAACAAGCACUCAGGAAGAUGAAAUAUCAUCAAACGAUGAAGCUCGCAAUCACACCAAAGAACGGAAAAAAGCUAGGAAAAAUGUUGAAUAUGAAUGA